CUGCUGACAAUAGGGGAAGCCGGCGCGGCGUGCCGGGGGGAGGCGGAGCCGCGGGCUCGGAGGGAGCCUCGCCUCGCCUCGCCUCGCCGCGGGGCGCGCGUGGCCGGGGAGAAGGAGGAAGCGAAAGCCGCGGCCGGGCGAGAGGCCGGGGGAGCCGCUCUGCCGCGACCCGGAGCCAGCAGAUGAGCUUCAGUGUACUUGGAAACUUCUGCUGAGUAACAGCUUCUUUUGCUGAAGAUGUCUAAUAAUGGUGUGGAAGCUGAAGACAAGCCUCCAGCCCCUCCAAUGAGAAAUACCAGCACUAUGAUUGGAUCUGGAAGCAAAGACACUGGGACUUUAAAUCAUGGCUCAAAACCUUUGCCUCCCAACCCUGAAGAAAAGAAGAAGAGAGACCGAUUUUACCGAUCCAUAUUGCCAGGAGAUAAAACCAAUAAAAAGAAGGAGAAAGAACGGCCGGAAAUUUCCCUCCCUUCAGAUUUUGAACACACGAUUCAUGUUGGAUUUGAUGCUGUCACAGGAGAAUUCACGGGUAUGCCAGAGCAGUGGGCUCGGUUAUUGCAGACCUCCAACAUCACCAAAUCGGAGCAGAAGAAAAACCCCCAGGCAGUGCUCGAUGUGCUAGAAUUCUACAAUUCCAAAAAGACCUCCAACAGUCAGAAGUACAUGAGUUUCACAGAUAAAUCUGCAGAGGAGUACAGUUCAUCAAAUACAAUGAAUGUGAAGGCUGUAUCAGAGACCCCUGCAGUACCGCCAGUUUCAGAAGAUGAAGAUGAUGAGGAUGAUGCUGCUCCACCCCCAGUGAUAGCUCCACGACCUGAACACACGAAAUCAGUGUACACCCGUUCUGUGAUAGAGCCCCUUCCACCGCCUCCUACCAGAGAUGUGGCCACCUCGCCUAUCUCUUCACCCUCUGAAAACAACACAGCAUCCCCUGACACAAUGACCAGGAAUACAGAGAAACAGAAGAAAAAGCCGAAGAUGUCAGAUGAAGAAAUCUUGGAAAAAUUAAGAAGUAUCGUGAGCGUGGGGGACCCCAAAAAGAAAUACACACGGUUUGAGAAGAUCGGGCAAGGAGCUUCAGGCACAGUAUAUACUGCAAUGGAUGUAGCUACAGGACAGGAGGUUGCAAUCAAACAGAUGAAUUUGCAACAGCAGCCCAAGAAAGAACUUAUAAUUAAUGAAAUCCUUGUAAUGAGGGAAAACAAAAACCCCAACAUUGUCAACUACUUGGACAGUUACCUUGUAGGAGAUGAACUGUGGGUAGUUAUGGAGUAUUUGGCAGGCGGCUCCCUGACGGAUGUUGUAACAGAGACCUGCAUGGAUGAAGGACAAAUAGCAGCUGUGUGUCGAGAGUGUCUUCAGGCUCUGGAAUUCCUGCAUUCAAGCCAAGUCAUUCACAGAGACAUCAAGAGUGACAACAUUCUACUAGGAAUGGACGGCUCCGUCAAACUAACUGACUUUGGUUUCUGUGCCCAGAUAACACCAGAGCAGAGCAAACGCAGCACCAUGGUGGGGACACCUUACUGGAUGGCUCCUGAAGUGGUGACGCGGAAAGCUUAUGGGCCGAAAGUGGACAUCUGGUCUCUGGGAAUCAUGGCUAUUGAAAUGAUUGAGGGAGAGCCUCCUUACCUCAAUGAGAACCCCCUGAGAGCCCUGUAUCUCAUUGCUACCAAUGGUACUCCAGAGCUGCAGAACCCUGAGAAGCUUUCACCCAUAUUUAGAGACUUCCUGAACCGCUGCCUCGAGAUGGAUGUAGAGAAAAGAGGUUCUGCCAAAGAACUGCUACAGCAUCAGUUCCUGAAAAUUGCGAAGCCCCUUUCUAGUCUCACUCCUCUGAUUAUUGCUGCAAAAGAAGCAGCGAAGAACAACCACUAACAUGGAAUCAUCAUAGUCAUUGUGCCAAGUCUUUUCAAUGUUCAUUUCAGAGGCUGAAUACCUGCUUUCCUGCUCCUUGGGGUGCCCAAAACUUUGAUCCCCUGAGAGUGGGCCACAGAAGUAGUAUUUGUUGAAUGUUAAAGGAGGCAUUGCUGAUCUAGUCAUGAACUGCCUUCUCACCCACUUGGUGGGAGAAGAUUAUUUUGUAUGGUUGACAAGGUCUUUGUGAGAACCUCUGAGCCUGAUGUAGCAAAGCCAGUUUGAUUUCAUAUCUCUUAAUGUUUAUUUUUUAACAUAAGUGUGGAGCCUUAGACCAUGUUUAUCUUAAUAAAUUAAAUCUCUCGCUGGCAGCA